CAAGAAAAAAAAAAACGAGCAUAUAUUGAAAGAGAGCGUGAACAAGGUCACAUCCAGUUAUGGAACGACUAUUUCUCUGACGAUGCAACAUUCCCUACGCAUAUAUUUCGACGCCGUUUCAGAAUGAACAAGCACUUGUUCAUGCGUAUUGUUGAUCGACUCUCCAAUGAAGUUCCAUUCUUUGAACAAAAAAGAGAUGCUACCGGAAGGUUCGGUUUCUCGGCACUACAGAAAGCUACAGCAGCAAUUCGUAUGUUGGCAUAUGGUCAUGCGGCUGAUGCGGUUGACGAAUAUCUCCGAAUUGGUGAAAGUACUUCGAUGUCAUGUUUACACCAUUUUGUUGAAGGAAUCAUCUAUUUGUUCGGAGAUGAGUACUUAAGAAGACCCACACGAGAAGAUCUUAUACGACUACUCCAUAUUGGAGCGGCACGUGGAUUUCCCGGGAUGAUAGGAAGCAUAGAUUGUAUGCAUUGGGAGUGGAAGAAUUGCCCCACAUCUUGGAAAGGGCAAUAUACGCGUGGAUCCGGCAAACCAACAAUCGUUUUAGAGGCUGUUGCUUCCCAAGAUCUUUGGAUAUGGCACGCGUUUUUUGGACCUCCAGGUACCUUAAACGAUAUCAAUAUUCUUGAUCGAUCACCAGUUUUUGAUGAUAUAUUACAAGGUAAAGCUCCGAAAGUGAAAUACGUAGUCAACGGGAACGACUAUCGUUUGGCUUACUAUCUCACAGAUGGCAUUUAUCCUAAAUGGGCUACAUUUAUCCAAUCUAUUUCUAUUCCACAAGGUGAAAAAGCUUCUUUAUUUGCUACAAAUCAAGAAGCUUGCCGCAAAGAUGUUGAACGUGCUUUUGGAGUUUUGCAAGCUCGAUUUGCCAUUGUCAAAAAUCCGGCUCUUAUUUGGGAUAAGGUAAAAAUAGCAAAGAUUAUGCGAGCAUGUAUAAUUCUUCAUAAUAUGAUAGUAGAGGAUGAACGAGAUGGGUACACUCAGUUUGAUGUCACCGAAUUCGAACACCCGGAAUCAACCACAUCUUCACAAGUGGAUUUCACCUACUCUACAGAAAUGCCUUCAAAUCUCGGUAAUAUGAUGGCCACUCGAUCCGAAAUACGUGAUCGGACUAAGCAUGAACAACUGAAAGCUGAUUUGGUUGAGCAUAUUUGGCGACAUUUUGGCAAUAACUAAGCUAACGAAUACUCGUUAUUCCGUUUUUUUUUUGUAUUUUUUUUUUU